AUGACCAUGAUUGCCGGCAAAAAUCGUUCGGUCCCAACUGUUGACCAGAUGGUCCACGAUGAAAUAAUCCAAGUUGUUGCCGAGGUUUACCAGAAGCAGUUGUUGAAGACCAAUUUUGCUCUUCGACAGAUUAUGAUGUUAGAAUUUACACAGUAUUUGGAAUUUUACCUGUGGCCAAAUUAUUCUGGUAAGGAAUCAUCAUUGGAGCACCUCAUUUCAAUCCUGGUGAUGGUGAACGAAAAGUUCAGAGAAAGAGUCCCCGCAUGGAACGCAUUCAAAGAAAAUCCAGAUGAAUUCGAAAGCUUUUUUAAGCGAGUGCUUGAAGCAGCUUUGCAAUGUGAUGACCUUACGCUCCGAGAGCAGAUGAUCGUUGUUCAGUUCCUUGAUCAUUGUUUCAGCAGUGUGGAGGUGGACCUUCUGCGUAUUCAUAUUCAAAAAUUGGUGUCUCUUCCGAUGUGGAUUUGUUUACCAAUGAAAAUACGCGAUAAAAUUUUUAUGAAGAACCGUAAGCUGAGAAAAUACUGGAAGGUGAUUCAGAAGCAUGACUCAAAACUGAGCGAGGAAGAAAAAAAUGAGGCAGAAUAUCAACGACGGUUUCUGUACAGAUUCAUAUGCAAGUUUUAUCGCAUUCUCUCAUCAAUCCCUGCAGAAGGUGAGUUAAUCUAA